AUGAGCCUCCGCCUGCCUCUCCGGCGAGGAGGCAAAUUCGCCACAAUCAUCAGCGCCUGCGCUCCGCCGAUGAGCAGCCCUGACGCCGCCACAAGAGACAAAUUCUACGAGGACCUGCACGCCCUCUUGGCGACUGUGUCGAAGGCGGACAAGUUGAUUGUCCUUGGUGACUUCAGCGCCCGCGUCGGCACAGACCAUACUGCCUGGAGAGGAGUUCUGGGUCCCCACGGUCUCCGCGGCUCCAACGACAACGGCCUGCUUCUCCUCCGCACCUGCGCAGAACACCGCCUCAUCCUGACGAACACGCUCUUCUGUCUGCCGGAGCGAGAGAAGGCCAUCUGGAGGCAUCCUCGGUCGCGUCAGUGGCACCUGCUGGACUAUGUCCUCGUCCGGAGGCGAGAUCAGCUGGACGUGCUGGUGACGAAGGCGAUCGCGGGUGCUGACGGUUGGACGGACCAUCGCCUCGUCAUCUCGAAGAUGCGUAUUCGCCUACAGCCUCGCAGGAGACCACAAGGUAAGCGACCCCCAGGUAAGCUGAAUGUUGCUUUGUUGUCUUUGCCUGCUCACAGUCUCCAUUUCAGCAAUGAGCUAGCACAACGGCUAGACAACCUUCCAAUCGCUGCCGCCGACGACGCCCCCGAUGCAAAGAACGCCUCCGUGGAGAACCGCUGGUGUCAACUGCGAGACACGGUCCAGUCGACGGCGCUCGCCGUCCUCGGUCGCGCUCCCCGCCAACACCGGGACUGA